AUGCAGCCCGACAUUCGCACGCAUUAUUUAUCUUCCUUUAUGGUUCAGGAAUGGCGAGACUACAAGUUUGUCUGGAACCCUGACGAGUACGGCGGCGUGACCGAGUUGUACGUGCCAUCCGAGCACAUCUGGCUUCCCGACAUCGUCGUCUACAACAAUGCUGAUGGCGAGUACAUCAUCACGACCAUGACCAAGGCCAUCCUGUACUACGACGGACGCGUGAGCUGGUCCCCUCCAGCCAUCUUCAAGACCUACUGCGAGAUAAACGUCCGUUACUUCCCGUUCGACAAGCAAGAGUGCUUCAUGAAGUUCGGCUCGUGGACUUACGACGGGUUCCAGUGGAGCCAGUGUCGGCUCGCGCCUCCCCGAGAUGAUCCCGCUCCUCUGAUGAAUACGGCGCCCGUCACGCCUCAUAUUUACUUCAACAUCACUUUGCGAAGAAAGACGCUUUUCUACACCGUCAACCUGAUUAUCCCGAGUGUGGGAUUGAGUUAUUUGAGUAUCCUAGUAUUUUACUUACCGGCGGAUUCCGGUGAGAAAGUCGUGCUGGUGAUUUCCGUGCUCCUGUCACAAACGAUGUUCUUCCUGCUCAUAAGUGAAAUCAUCCCGCCGACGUCGUUGUCAGUUCCGUUACUGGGACGAUACUUGCUUUUUACUAUGUUCAUGGUGGGGGCGUCUGUGCUGCUCACGAUUCUGGUGCUCAAUAUUCACUACCGCAAGCCGUCGACGCACCGAAUGGCUCCGUGGGUUCGCCAGUUCUUCAUCCACAUGUUCCCCAAG